AUGGCCUUCCUCGCCGCGCCCGCGCGCCUGGUGCGCCCCGCCCGCCGCCCGCUGCCGCCGUCCGGCCGCGCGUGCCCGCGCGCGCCGCCGGUCUGCGCGCUGCGCCCGAAGCGCUCCGGCAACGAGAUCCGCGGCAAGGUGUUUGUGGUGCGCGACAACAUCGACACGGACCAGAUCAUCCCCGCGGAGCACCUGACGCUCGUGCCGUCGAACCCGGACGAGUACCGCACGCUGGGCUCGUUCGCCAUGUGCGGCCUGCCGCCCGACAUGUACGCCACGCCGUACGUCGCGGAGGGCGCGUACGACACCGAGUUCCCCAUCAUCGUCGGCGGAGAGAACUUCGGCUGCGGAAGCUCGCGUGAGCACGCGCCCGUGGCCAUCGGCGCCGCCGGAGGGUGCGCCGUAGUCGCGCAGAGCUACGCUAGGAUCUUCUUUCGAAAUUGCUCCGCGACGGGCGAACUUUAUCCGUGGGAAAGUGAAGACAGGCUCGUCGAUGUGUUCAAGACCGGCGAUCAGGCCGUGAUUGACUUUGAGAAGAGGGAGAUUCGGAACACUACUUCGGGAGAGAGCUUCGCGCUAAGGCCGCUCGGGGAUGUGCAGCCUGUUAUUGAUGCGGGCGGCAUUUUCGAGUAUGCUAGACAGACCGGCAUGAUUGCGAAGAAAAGUUAGAGGACACCGUGCGCAUCAGAUUGCCGUUCUCACAUCACGUCGUCGGCGACUGCGCACCACAUGGGUGAUACGCGCGCGCCUCACAUACUCACGUGAGCUUGGAUGAUGCUGCCGGCUAGUUUAGAGUCGUGCCAAGUGUUUGUAAAGAUGGGUUUCGAGUUGGUUUCGAUUGCCUUGAUAUUUGCCUUUUU